AUGACAAUUAAAUCAAGCAGAAGAGGAGCCCCAGAUGCCUUUAUAUGGCUCCCAACCAAGUCAGGCGAGUACUCUGUUAAGACAGGGUACCAUUCGGCCUUAGCGCUCCAUGAGAACCUUAACGACCCCCACAACCUACAAAAUCCAUUCAACUGGAUGUCAGAGAUCUGGAAUGGAAAAUUUUCACCUAAAAUGAAAGUCUUUCUUUGGAAAGUACUGCAAGAAGCCUUACCUAUAGGCGAGAACCUCCUCAAUCGCGGGAUCCUGGAAUCAUCAUGUUGUACCCACUGCGGUGAACUAGAGACAACAGAACACCUGUUCUUCCACUGCCCUUAUGCUGUUGCAGUCUGGAACCUAGCCCCUUUCUCCAACGAUGUGAACCCAACUCAGCUUCAAACCUUCCCAACAACCCUAACCCUUUCCAAGACUUGGAUCAGUCUCCCACCUAUCGGAGCAGGGCAAGGACCGCUCUUCCCUUGGAUAUGCUGGUCUAUCUGGAAGGCGUGUAACUAUCUUCUGUUCGAAGAACGCCUUUUCAAACCUGAAGAAACAAUCCAGAAGGCGAUUUUAGAGGCGAAAGAUUAG